CUUCAAGGGGUGGCAUCGACGUAGACAACUACUUUCCGCUCGAAAACCACUUUUAGUCAAGAACCAAACAAGUAGCAACCAUGAGUGGUCCCGGUGUUGGUUUCGAAUACCCCUCAGUGCCAGUGUCGUGGUACAAGCGAGAUGUUCUUCUGUUUGCGAAUGCAAUUGGCUGUGAUGCUAAAGAUGAGCUUCACUUCUUAUAUGAGCUACACCCGAAGUUUUCGGUCUUUCCAAAUUUUAGCAUCUUGCUUCCCUUCAAGGGAACAUCUGCAGAGGUUAUCGACUUCUACGCAUCCCAAAACUCCAAGCGAGCUUCAAUUCCUGAUGUACCAAAAUUCGACAGCCGCAAAGUGGUUCACGGAGAGCAAGCCAUUGCUUUCCUCAAGCCUCUGCCCACAACCAGUGAAGGGCGCGAGUUUGAGAUGAGAGCGAAAGUUCUCGGUGUAUAUGACAAGGGCAAGCCUGGCUCAGUAGUCGAGACCGAGAACUUGAUCGUAGACAAGGCCACUGGAGAGGUGUACAGUAGAGCUGUGGGCAUGUCAUUCUUUGUUGGUCAAGGAAACUGGAAUGGACCAAAGGGACCGAAGACAGUCAACUAUCCUCCUCCAGAGGGCAAGAAGCCAGACGCCGAAUACGUGUAUCAGACAAAUGCCGAGUCAGCACAUCUAUACAGACUCUGCGGUGACUACAAUCCUCUGCAUGCCACUCCGGAACCCGGUCAGCAAAUGGGCUUUGGCGGCGCCAUCCUUCAUGGUCUGUUCAGUUGGAACACUACUGCUCACGGACUCUUGAAGCUUCUUGGAAACUCGGAUCCAGCCAACAUUAAGGAGUUCGCCGCACGAUUCGCGAGUCCCGUCAAGGCAGGAGACACUCUUGUCACACAGAUUUGGCGCAUCGGUAACAUUGACGAUGAGGGCUGGGAAGAUGUUAGAUUUGUGACCAGUGUGAAGGGUGGCAAAGUAUGUCUGAGCAACGGUCGUGCAAAGAUGAAGAUUUCUGGACAGAAGAGUAAGCUGUAGUACAGUAUCAGUACCGUGAAGUCUAGUCACGAAGAACCUAGAUUUUGACAACGUGUGGCAGCAGGGUGGAAUCGUAUCAAAUGAGUCCAUAAUGAAUCGUGUCUAGCUGAGGCUAUAAUUACAAACCCGG